ACAAGUACCUGAAAUCAUCUCUCAUUCGAGGGUUGAGAGAAGUGUUGGAACCUCUCUUGACGGAGCAAAUACGAUGUAGUACUGGUACGGAGUAGUAGAAGUAAAAGUCCUCCAAUCCGGCCGGCCUGUACGGAGUCCUCGGUAAAACGACGAUGACGCUUUUCUGAAGUCAAUCGUAUUGAAAACAGUCCAAACAUCAACAACAACAUCCAAAUGGUCUUGGAAUCUUGGCUGCAGGCGCAGGCAUCGUCUACGGAAAAAACCCCAACGAAUAAGAAGCGGCAGUGUCUCUGUAGAAUUGCUGGUUUGUACUCCGUAUGCGACUGGUACUGUCUUCUAGAAGCAGCUGCAACCGUUGACCAAUCCCACGCCCAACACCGACUGGACUGGCCUAGAGCCUAAACACACACUCGCUCAACACUGCUCAGCCAGAUGAACAGUGACAGUGACAGUGACCUCCUACACUACCGAAAUUUAAUCCUCACCCAAGUCACUCGUCAUCCGCUCUCAAGUCCCACCUGCACCCACUUCUUGCACUUCCACCUGUACCUGGACCACCUUGGAGAUCCAUUAUCCAUCUCCGCCCAGAACCAAUACUCCGUGAAUCCAACUCCCACGCCCCUCUUUCAACCUUAAUUCGAGAAGCCAAAAGCGCCGGUGCAGCAGUGCUCCCACAGAGUACCCACCCGACUUUUCUACCAUACCAACCUCCCCAAAAUCAAAACAUCUCAACCCAACCUCCUCAUCGACUACCAUUCCCUACGAAAAGAAACUUCAUCAUGAUGGCCGAUAUGCAGCACGCGACGGCCACGCCUCAGGAGGCAAACAGUCACUCUCGUCCUAUCUCAUCAAAAGCCACUGCUCCUCUCUCAAUACCUCCCCCAACCCAAGUCGAUCUACUAGCAUCUACCUCGGCAAGUCGAAUUCGAAAUUCACAUCUCAUACUAGAUUCUUUCUCGCCCGUCAAUCAAAAUGGAAGUUUCGAGUUUGAUCGUGUGUUGAAGGCUGGUUAUGUCCAGAAACGAACCCGCAAGACCAAGGUAAACAAACAAUCAGCCCAUCCUGCAUCAUCUCGUCAUGCUGACCAGACCCCGUAGAAUUGGAAACCAAUAUACCUUGUGCUACGACCAAACUCUCUUUCCAUAUACAAAAACGAAAACGAAGGAAAAUUAAAACACAAGAUCCACCUCUCUGAUCUGACAGCCGUCGCGAAAUUAAAGGAUCCAAAACAAAAGCGACACAAUGUCUUUGGACUGUUCUCCCCUUCGAGAAAUUACCACCUGGAGUCAACGACAAAAGGAGACACGGAGGAAUGGGUCAAUUUGAUAAGACAAGAAGCGCGGAUUGAGGAAGAGGAAGAGGAGUUGUUGCUAGGUAGUCCUGGAGGCUUAAUUACUAGUUCAUACGCCGGUCUGGGACGCGCAUUUCAUCUCCACAGCGAACAGAGAAGAUUACACGAUGAACGCUUGGGUUCCAGUUCACCUGAGCCUACGGAACCUAUAUCCAAGGUGUCGAAAAAGAAGUUCAACCCCAUUACAGCUGCUAGACGGUUGUCGCAGACCAUCGAUUAUUCUGGCAAUGAGCUAGCCUCACAAUCGGACUUUUCCGAUAUGGAAACAAGUCGAAUGCCUGGAGCUUCUACACUUUCAUUCCAAGAACCUCUCGCUGUCAAACCACCAUCCUCAUCCUCAAGACCACCCUAUGGUGCUAGAAACGCGAGUCAAAUGAGUGGAUUCAACAUCGACAACGAUCCUGAACGAGUCGUCUGGCAAGGUAAUCUUCUAUACUUAAAAUCCAAAGGCGGAGUCCGACAAUGGAAAUCUCUUUGGGCUGUUAUCCGUCGAAACAGCAUAUCUCUGUAUAAAAACGAUUCCGAAUACUCCAUCAUCCUCCUAAUACGUCUGCCAAACGUCAUUAACGCUGUCGAAAUCGACCCCCUGAGUAAAACCAAAAGACACUGUUUGCAAGUUAUCACCGAAGAGAAGAGUUACAAGUUCUGUGCGAGGGAUGAAGAUACAUUGGAUAAGGCACUUGGUGCGCUCAAGAGUCUUCUCGCCAAGAGAAAGGAGGGCGAGAUGGGAAGAAGUAAUGUUAAUUUGCAUACCGCUGGGAGGUGACGUUCGUGAGGAUAAUGGUCGCUCGUGAGGAAUAGAUUCCCUGAGUGGUUAUGAAUUGUAUAUGGCAACGAAUUGGAAGAUCCUCGGCAGUCUUGGACCAGGCCAGGAUACCCCAAAGAACCUCAUUUCGCUUUGUCUUAGAAAUGAGAUGAGAUUUUUUUUGAAAUGAGUAAAUAGGAUUUUAUGGCCAAGCAAGUUCCCCCCCUUUUUUUUCUCUUGUUUAUAUGAGACUUGGGAUUCGGGAUCUGUGGGUGUGUCUAGUCUGGUCUGGUCUGGUCUGGUCCGGGGUUUAGGAUCGAUGAAUGGAUAUUGUAUGAGGUUAUGAGGUUUUUUUAUGAAAUGGAUUAGGAAAAUGAGAAGGAAGGGGAAUGGUGUAGCAAUUUAAUGUCCGUUAUGAAGUUUAGCCUGUUCUCGUCCCUCUGCCCUCCCGUUUUUUUUUUAUCGCUUGCUUGGUUUUUGUGGUGUUGUUUUGUUGGCGAAUUAGCG